UGGCGGGGGGAAACGCGUAGAUGGAAUUAAACGCACGCUUUUAACCUAGACGCGAUUAUGAAGCGACGCGAGAACGAGGUCGAGAGGAAGCCUACGUUCAACAACGACUCGAGAACGUCGAAAAACGAGAAGAACGCGUUUGACAAGAGGAAGCACAGGUUAAAGAAGUAUAGUAACAGAUACAAGGUCGAUCAAUGGCAAGAGCGAAGGAAACGAGCGGUUCUACGUGGUUACUAUAAAGAAAUUCCCAAGGAUCGAUGUGCCCGGCAAAAGGGAACCGAGGCCAAGGUAGAAACACGCUCGGGCAACUCGGAUACGAGCGGCCCGAAGAAAAGUCCGAGUUUCUUCGACGUAGCGAGAAAAGAGUACGAGCGAAAGAAGGAGGAGACGCUCAGGGUAAAGGCCGAAAGGGAGGAAGCUUUGCGAAAGUACAAAGAGAAGAAAAUGCAGGCGUGCAAAAAGCUGUCGAAGAGGACCAAGAAGGGUCAGCCCGUUAUGAAGGAUAGAAUAGAACUUUUGUUGCAAAAGAUACAACAGGACAAAGCCAACUGAAUGGAUAUCGUCGGAAUCGAACGUAAACGAGUUUCGGGCACAGCGUCCCGGUUGAAUCGACUCGUCGUCCCUAGGAAACUUUAUUUGUCGUUACUUUUUCAUCUGUACGAAUGAAACGAAUAAAACGAUUCUACACGUAA